AUGACGACCAGCGUUCCCUCGACAGCCCGUAGCUAUGUCCUCCCGCAGCUGGGAUUGUUCGACAAUCUUACUGUGGUGCAACGUCCUGUUCCGAGUCUGAGUCCUGGGCAAGUUCUGGUCAAGGUCCAUGCCGUCUCUUUACAAUUCCGCGACCUGAUGGUCGCAACUGGGCAAUACUUCUUGCCUGGACUAAUCAAGGAGAACCUUACGCCAUGUUCUGACAUGGCUGGAGAAGUUGUCGCUGUCGCUGACGAUGCCAAGCAGCGAUGGUCUCUCGGUGAUCGUGUUUGUGCCAAUUUCACGCCAGAUUAUCAAGCCGGAGAACCACACCCUGGGAUUAUCCACUCGUCCCUCGGUGCCCCCCAACAAGGCGUUCUGGCUGAGUACGUCGUUCUCCCCGCGUUUGGACUAGUGAAGAUUCCAGACAAUUUAAGCUAUGAAGAAGCGUCGACGCUGCCUUGUGCUGCUGUUACAGCUUACACCGCUCUUCAGCGCUGCGGAGGCGUCAAGUCGGGAGAAACGGUACUCGUACAGGGCACUGGUGGUGUCUCGAUCUUCGCGUUGCAAUUCGCCGUGGCAUCCGGUGCAACCGUAAUCGUCACGUCGUCCUCCGAUAAAAAGCUGGAACUAGCUACCAAGCUUGGAGCAAAACACGUCAUUAACUACAAUACAACACCCAAUUGGGACGAGACCGUCAACGAACUUACAAACGGAAGAGGUGUGGACCAUGUUAUCGAGGUCGGCGGACCGGCGACUGUAGCUAGGUCAUUAAAAUCUACCCGAAUUGGUGGAGCAGUGCAUCUAAUCGGUUUCCUCGCCCAUGAUAAGGAAUACGACUCCAACAUCAUCCCUCUUAUACUUGGCAAAGCCAUCAAGAUGGAGGGUACUUGGGUUGGCCCGGGGACCAUGUUCGAGGCGAUGAACAGAUUGAUCGCAACGCACGAUGUGCACCCGGUUGUGGACAAAGUCUUCCCCUUCGAGGAGGCUAUACAGGCGUACAAGUAUCUUGAGUCGCAAGCUCAUAUAGGCAAAGUGGUGAUCAGAGUCUCGGUUUGA